AGGGGCGGCCACCAUCAUCAUGGCUGGUGGCGUUGUAAUGCAGGCUACGCAGUGAUCUUCAUGCUUCUUGGGAUUUAGGAUCCAAGCUCUUGUUUACAUAGCGAUCGCGUUGUUCGGCAUCGGGUUCAAUCCUGGAGCCGUCACACCCCGAAAAAAUGUCCGCGCCCCAAGUCCCUUACCCCCACCAGGCCCCUUUCCCUUCCCAACAGCCUUCGUUUCCCCAGAUGCCCUAUGAUCCUCCACCGCCUUACAACCCACAUGCGGGCAAUGACGGAUACCCACAGCCAGGAUGGAUAACCACACCACAGGCACCACAGCAACCACCAUCUCAGCCGCAGCAACCACAGGCUACAGUCUUCAACCCAGCUGCUCAGGGUUACGUAAAGCAAGGGUCAACAUACGUGCCCACUGGUCAGCCUGGUCUCGUGCCACCAGCAGGGUACUACCCCUCAGGCGGUCAGCCAGUGCCCUCCGGCGGCUAUUACAAUGGCACCACACAGCAGCCCAUGCCUGGAGGCUACUACCCUGGACAACCUGCGCCACCUCCAGGUGCUAAUCAGGGAUACUACGGGGCAACUGGUUACCCCGGGGGCAACACAGUUGUCGUCCGCGAGCAGACCCAAGAGACAAGCCGCAUGGACGACCUGGCGAAGUGCUGCCUCGGUACCUGCUGCCUGACAUGGUUCUGCUGUUGGCUGACGGACUAGUCCGCAAGCCAAUGCCCCCCCGACUCUCGGGUCUGACCGAUUGCGCUACGGUGGACGUGUCAUCCAUGCAUGCCAUCACCACAACCACCACCAACCAUUCUAAUGGCCGCCGUCUCUCCAAGUGCGCCCUGCCAUCCACCGCCCACCCAGAUUGUCUCGUAUUUCUUCGUCGACCGCUAUAAAUUCCCUCUCCUGUAAAAGCAGGCGUUAGCUUAAAGUACCUGCCGCGCUUGACCGACGAGAGCUAUAUAUUUGGUUGUAUUAUACAAUCCGCUAGCGAUCUUUCGGAGUUGUAUUCUAGGUAGGCACAAUUACAACUUGUAUAUGUACACGACAGAGCUUUGUUUAUAUAUUUUGUUAUGAUGUUUCUAUACACUUUUAGACUUCUGUCCCGAGCCCCUCCCCCUUUUGCAAACACCGAACUUACUUGUAUAUCUGGCGUCCCACAAAUUGAUGAAUGACAGAUACAGGUGUUCGAUUAAUUUUUUUAUAGUCGUUCAGUUCAGUAUUAUAAUAAUUCUUUAACUAGGGACACAGCUUUAUAUUUGCACAUUGUGUUCAGAGUUGUCAACAUGCUGGCGUUAGUGAAUUUGCAUGCCAGAAUUAUCUUGGUGAUUGUUGCUAAUCUGUAACCACGAAACAGGUGCCAUUAAGUGGUUAUUUGGUUUCGUAGGAAUAGGUGAUGAGAAAUUAGAAAACAUUAUGAUAGGGUUUGUUUCUGUUCAUAUGUCUUGCAUUUUGUAUAAAGAUGUGAUAAAGCUUGCUUAAUGGUGUAGAAACUUCAUUUAUGAAGACUUCCUUUCAAAUUUUGGCAACGACAUUUGGUUGCCCUGGUCUCCACCUUCUUACAUGUUGAACUUGAAAGCGACAAACUCAUAUUUCUGUUGAUGUUUGUGAGAUUCUACGAUCUAUGUGAUACAGUCUUCUAUGGACGAAAAAAAAAAACCAUUCCGUCACGCAUGCAACGCAGAUGUCCUAUAAUAGACCACACCCUUGUAGACCAUUCCUUGCCUGCGACACGUUACUAUAGCAAGUGCGUUUAAAAGCGCUUGAGUGGGUACAUCGUACGCCCGGUGUCGGUGCAGGACGUAUUCCGAGAUAGCAGAGUCCGAGUGUUAUCUACUGUGCCCAUCAAGGCACGGUGUAGAAUGUUCUGGAGUGGCAGAUUGUUGAAUCUUUUCUGAAAGGGUUAUGAAGGAAAGUUUCCAAACAGCAUAGCGUGGUGGACCAUUGUUGGAGCAAUGAUGUUGACGAAUCAAUAAGACCUAUGUACUACUAUAUGACAUCACCAUAAAUAUAGGUAAUUUAUAUAAGCAAUAUUGCACCAGUAUUGGUCCAAUUCUGUGUUAUAAUUGGAUCGGUACAGAAAAAAAUUUUUUGCUGGCAGUUUCGUGUCGGUUUUCAGCUGGAAAGCGUCUAAUGUCUGUUCACUCUUUGAGCAUUCUUUGCAGAAUUGUUGUUUCUCUGUUGUUUCCUGUCGGAAGCUAGAAUAGGCACUUUUUCAUGAAAUAAAUAAAAAAAAAGCGGGGAAAGUCGACGUACAAUGGUUGUUGGCUUCAAGGAUUGGGGUUCAUGCAGAUUCUAUCAAUUUUGCUACCGAGCUGUAGUCUUCUCUCUUGGCUCACAAAUGUAGAACUGUUAACUUAAUAAACGCACGUGGCGUGUUUGCAAGAUGGGCAGAUUGUGAGUGUUGCUUAAAUGCCUCCUCGAUUUAGUUAGCAAGAAAAAACAAACGAAAGAGAACGUCUAUAUGUAGACACUUCAAGACUGAAUUUAGGCCAAUGUCUUGGAGAGAAAACAAAAACUGUUUGCACGAAUCUCUUUUCGGGAGCACUUGGAAUCGUGUGGGAAAUUUCGCACCAUGUGAUAAAGCAGCCAAGCUAUUUGCUUCGGCGCCAAAGCUUGCAGUUCACAACUGAUCAAAAGCCGAGGGCAAGUGGCAUUUGAGCAACAAUGUAGGUAUGACGCUACCCGAUAGCGCAAAGCGAUUCUGUGUUCAACAUGUGCCACCGGGAACAAUAAAAAAAUAAACACGUUUGUUGCAUGCUCAA